GGAGCGGAAAAGCUCUGCGGGCAGACUCGGUGCAGAGCUCUCGGUCUGUCCAUCUCGGACAACGCCGUCCGUGACCUGAGAGGGGCUUGUCUGGGGCCUGGAGCACUCCUGCCAGCCAGGGCAGCAGCUGUUGGGUCCCCCGGGACCAGCCCGAUGUCACGUCUAAGCUCUAUAGGCACUAGAAACGGGUUGGGGAGAGGGGUUGCAGAUGGAGAAAAUAACUUUCUCUCCACACCUUUCUCUCAGUCAUUCCAGAGCUUGCUGCGGAUAUUCCAGCAAAAAUCACAAGUAAUCAAAGCAGCAGUUGCAUGAGGCAGAAUUCCGCUGCGUUCUACCACGAGGGGGACCAAAAACUGGCAGAAGGACCGGUCUGGGCUGGGGGACGCCCGGCGGGGGCUACGGGGGUGGAAAGCGCUCCGAGCGCUCCCUCCGCUCCACACCGGGUCGGGAGAGGGUCUGUCGUCGCGAGGCUGGGCCGGCGCUUCCUCUCCGCCCCGCCCGUCGCUUCCCGGUCCCAUUGCUCCCCUGGGGAUGGGGCUGGGCCCUGUACGCCACGUCUGCCUCCCGGCAGGGACGGAGCCCAUCCCCGUGUGCGUGGCGGCUCCCCGGGGCGGGCGGGGCGGGGCGGGGAGCCUGGCGCGGCCCGGGCCGGCGCCUCCGCCUUCCCUCCAUCCUCCCUCCCUCUCUCCUUCGCCCACUCCCGCUGCUCCUGCUCAGCGUACGACGGCGGCGGCGUUCCGCUAUGUCGGCCGCCAAGCACCGGGGCUCUAAGGGGGUCAGCCCGCCCGCCGCUAACGAGAAGAGCGUGCAGCUCGGCGCAGGCGAGGAGCCGCCAGCGAAGAAGCCAGCGGCGGCGGGGCACGGCCGGGGCGGCAGGGCCGGCGGGGGGGGCCGCUCUGGUGCCGGCCCCCGCCGCGGCUGGGCGAUGCUGCUGGGCGCCGUGGUGGUGCUGGGCGCCGCGCUGCCCGCCGGCUGGUACGUGCUGCAACUGCAGGAGGAGGUCGGGCGGAGCGCCCGGGAGGUUGAGGCCUCCGGCCGGCAGCGGCAGGAGCUGGCCGCCACCCUGGACACCGUGGUGCAGAAGGUACGUUCUCUUCAAACCACAUUUGGAGAAUUUGAAUCCAUGAUGAAAAUUGUUCAGCAGAAGCAGGAGGUGAGCGAGAAGGCUGUUAAACAAGGGGAGAGUGAAAUAAACCGGAUCAGUGAAGUGCUUGAGAAGCUGCAGAAUGAAAUUUUGAAAGACUUGUCUGAUGGCAUUCACAUGGUGAAAGAUGCAAGGGAACGAGACUUCACAUCUCUGGAAAACACAGUGGAAGAGAGACUAACAGAGCUGACCAAGUCUAUAAAUGAUAACAUUGCUGUAUUCACUGAAGUCCAGCAACGGAGCCAAGAUGAAAUCAACAAUAUGAAAGCAAAGGUUGGUUCACUAGAACAGGCAGAUGUGUAUAAACAUGAAAUUAAGGUGCUGAAAGAUGCUUUUGAUGAGAUGCAAGCAUCCAUGAAAAUGAAAGAAAAGGACAUAGAGACCUUGAAGAGUACAAUAGACUCCAUGGAGUCUGAUGUGUACACUGAAGUGAAAGAGUUAGUCAACCUCAAACAGCAACAUGAGAAGUUCAAAGAGGCUGCGGACACUGAACACCUUUCAUUAAAAGCUUUACAAGAGAAAGUUCUGAGAGCUGAGGAUUCUAUUAGGCAGCUCCCUAGUGACAUUAAAAGACUUGAUGAAGAUUUACUACAAGUUAAAGCCAACCUCAACAAAUGGGAAGAUAAUGAACUCUUCAGAAAAGCAUUAGAAACUUUUGGGAAGAACAGUGAAGGACUGGAGUCUCGAUUGAGGCACAUAGAAGACAGCCUAGAGUCUCUAGCAUCUGUUGCUGCUCAAAACAGUGAAAAGUUGGAAUCUUUCCUUUCUAAGGAGGCAGAGUAUGAGAAUAAGCUCAGUGUCCUAGAACAAAGCAUUACCACUCUUCAGGGACUCUCAAAUACAGAUGCAACUUCAGUCACAGAUGUUCUGAAAAAUCUUGGUGAGGCACAGACUUCACUGUACAAUGACAUGGAAGACUUAAAGAGAAGCAUCAGUGACUUGCCAUCCUCUGGUGCUCUCCAGGAUGUUCAGAAGCAAAUUAGUACUUUGUUGGAUCAAGGAAAUCUUCAGGCAGGUCAGACACAUCCUCAAGGUUACCUUGAAAAGUUUUCUUCUAUGGAAGGCUCUGUAGAUGAACUGAGAUCUUUUGUUAGCCAGGUCGAUUCUGAUUUGAAAAUGCUAAGAACUGCAGUGGAUAGUUUAGUCGCCUAUUCAGUGAAAAUUGAAAAUAAUGAGAACAGCUUGGAGUCUGUGAAGAGCUCAGUAGAUGACCUGAGGAAUGAUCUGGAAAGGUUGUUUGUGAAAGUAGAAAAAAUACAUGAAAAUAUUUAGGCAGUGGUGCUCCUUGGGCAAAUAAUGGGUUGAGGAGAGUAGCUUUUGUAUGCCCUGUUUUUUACUCUUUUAAAAAUAAAUUUGAUACCUCCAAAGAGAAUAAGAAUACUUUAAUAAUAGAGACAGUUAUGCUUAUUUCCUUCAUUUCUUUUCCGUGUAGUGUUUUUGGAGUUUUUUAUUGUUUUUUUCUUUCCCCUAAAUUUUGUUUUAAGAAAAUACAAGUUUAGUUGGGGGUUGAGUUUCUUAAGGGCUCAUCUUCUCUAUGAAGUUGUACCACUAUUAAGUGUAGUGGUGUAACUACAGCCUCGUUAGCAUGGGCACAUAUUUAAUGGCAUGAAGGUAUUUCACACUGACACUAGAUAUCCCACACAGAAGGGCUACGGCUGUUCUGGUACCCAAAACAUACUGCUGCACUCACGGAGGAUUUUACUGGGAUGUUUUGGUUCAAGAAACAAAGGUACACGCUAUUCCUAAACUGUUCACUGUGGUGAACUGAAGAGUGGAGCAGGUGUGCAGCAUCUCAUCUGUUUCUGCAGUUUGGGACUCAGACAUGUGGUCAGUUCACCAAGGAUCAGCUGAGCUGUAGUGUAUUUCUGUGAGACCUUAGUCUGUACCAAGGAACUAACAAGGUCUGAGAUCAGUGACACUGCCUGGGGCUAAGGCCUAGGAGAUUCAUUCUUUAUGAUCACAGGCUUAAUUGCCAGCAUCUUCAGCUGUUGGUGCAGAAGAUCAGUGCUUAAGUGCAGAAGAUCCCAUCUGAAGGAUGGGAUUAAUUUCAAGAGGGUACAGUAAUAUUUUUGUCAUGUUUUUAGGCUGUUUACAUGAUUAGGGUGUCUUCCUUGGAAAGAUCUAUUUUGGUCUUUGAUAAGGGAUUUUUCUAUAAAAAUCAUCACAAAUUUGAGAGAAGAGGAGAACCAAAAUUGCACCUGUUGUGUUCCAUAUAUAACAAGCAUGCCAACAACAGCAAUAAUACACUCCAAAACACACAAGAGGGAAAAUCACCAUGAAAUCAGCAGAAUUGCUUCUAUGGAAUAUACAUUUCCAGGUUUUCACACAGAUGACUGUGACCUGAACUCUUGUUAUGUAUUCAGGACUUGGUGCCUGAUUCUUGUUACUAUUUUUGUCACCAGGUGUCUGGCUGAGGCAUUGGUAGCAAAGGAUCCUUCUAAGAGACCUGGUCUAGGAGAGUGAGGAAAAAGUGUCAUAAUUCUAUAGAUGAUCUUUUAAAACCCAUUUUCUUGUGGAGCUUCUUUGGUUUUCUCUCUUUUAGGAAAGGAUUUCUAAUAUCCCUCCUUUUCAAGUUUCCUUUUGAACUUUAUCCAAAUAAUUGGUAAAGAAGUCUGCCAUGUAGUUACCUUGGAAAUAGGCCAUGGGCAUCAUGUUCAACUCAGCUUGGAUCAGACAGAUCCUUGACUGUGUUAGAUGAAAAAUUCCUUGGAAUAGCAUCUCUCAGAAGUGGGAACAGCACAGGUGAAAAGGAGUUCUCCUAGGUAAAUAGGAUACUGAACCAUAUCCAGUGUUGUUCCCACUGUAAACAGGAAAGAACUGCUGUCAGAGAAAAGGGAGCCAUGGCAUUAAGGUCACUGUUGUCACUGUUGGAACUGCACUGUUCUUUGUUGACUUCUCAAGUUCUUGAACAAUGUUGUUUAGGUUACUGUGAAAUGAACUGUAUGGCUUAUUUUCAGUAUUUUUAAUACAUAAUAAACAUUUGGAAUAUUCUUUGCACCUUU